CCCACGUCUCUUUCUACUAAAAAGACCAUCAUGUAGCUCGCCUCUAGUAUUUAAGGGGCACCACCACCCCUCCCACUUUAUUUCCUCUAUACAACGAUUUCCUCUUGUCACCCUGAAUCUACUUCUGCUGCAAAAGCAGCAAUAAGCAAGGAGCAGUUAGCCAGGUAAAGCUCUAGCUAGCUAGCUUAGGCAGCAAUGGAGCAGCAUCAGGGCCAGGCAGGCAUGGACUUGCCCCCUGGCUUCCGCUUCCACCCGACCGACGAGGAGCUGAUCACGCACUACCUCGCCAAGAAGGUCGCCGACGCCCGCUUCGCCGCCCUCGCCGUCGCCGAGGCCGACCUCAACAAGUGCGAGCCCUGGGACCUGCCAUCUCUGGCGAAGAUGGGGGAGAAGGAGUGGUACUUCUUCUGCCUCAAGGACAGGAAGUACCCGACGGGGCUGAGGACGAACAGGGCGACGGAGUCCGGGUACUGGAAGGCCACGGGGAAGGACAAGGACAUCUUCAGACGGAAGGCCCUCGUCGGCAUGAAGAAGACGCUCGUUUUCUACACGGGGCGCGCUCCCAAGGGGGAGAAGUCUGGCUGGGUCAUGCACGAGUACCGCCUCCACGGCAAGCUCCACGCCGCCGCCCUCGGCUUCCUCCACGGCAAGCCCGCGUCGUCCAAGAACGAGUGGGUGUUGUGCAGGGUGUUCAAGAAGAGCCUCGUGGAGGUGGGCGCGGCGGGAGGGAAGAAGGCGGCCGUGGUGACGAUGGAGAUGGCGAGGGGAGGGUCGACGUCGUCGUCCGUGGCGGACGAGAUCGCCAUGUCGUCCGUCGUCCUCCCUCCGCUGAUGGACAUGUCCGGAGCCGGCGCCGGCGCCGUCGACCCGGCGACGACGGCGCACGUGACCUGCUUCUCCAACGCGCUGGAGGGCCAGUUCUUUAACCCGACGGCAGUACACGGGCACGGCGGCGGCGACUCCUCGCCGUUCAUGGCGAGCUUCACGCAGUACGGGCAGCUGCACCACGGCGUGAGCCUGGUGCAACUCCUGGAGAGCUGCAACGGCUACGGCGGCCUCGUCGACAUGGCAGCGUCCGGCAGCCAGCUGCAGCCGGCGGCGUGCGGCGGCGAGCGGGAGAGGCUUAGCGCGUCGCAGGACACCGGCCUCACCUCCGACGUGAACCCGGAGAUCUCGUCAUCCUCCGGCCAAAAAUUCGACCACGAGGCCGCGCUAUGGGGCUACUAAGGUUUGAUAUGAUCAGCGCCGUGUACGUUAAUCGCGGGCGAUUAGCGAAGUAGCGAUUACUGUAAAUAAAACCAUGAGAUCGCGAUCGAGGCAUCUACCAAGGUUCGCUUAAUUUGCUUGUACCUAUAGGUGUAGAUUAUUUGGUGAUUUGGGAGAUGUAAUUAGCAUUGUUUGUUUGUAAUUCGUAUCAGAAUGAUCGAUGCAGUAUUGUUUGGAGGGUUAGUUAAGCAAUUGGCCACUCCUCAGUUGCCAGUUAAUUAGUUAGAGUUGCUUAAUUUAGCUCUUUCUAAAAAGCUAGCAGAGACUAAUAGCUAACUGUGAUCUCAUCCUGAACCUAAAAGUUUGACCUGCUGUGUGA